AAAUGUAGUUUGUGGCCCAAACUACACGAAAUUAUGAAAAAAAUUAUCGCAUUAAUCACAAAUAUAAUAUAUUUUGUUUCUCAAAAACGUCCCUCAAGGGUGCCAACCAAAAAUUGUUUAUUUCGCGAAAGUACCAAACAGUUAAAUGUCAACAUGGAUGAUGUCAACUCUAAGUGAGGUUAAAAUUUUAUAAAUAUUUAGUUUGUAAUAUAUUUUUUGUACAAUGAACGCCUACGGCUCGCAUUUGCUGCCCCCGGCCAAGGAAAGUGUCCGUGCGGCGUGUAAAAAGUGCGGUUAUGCCGGUCAUCUCACCUACCAGUGUCGUAAUUUCAUUAAAGUGGACCCCAACAAAGAAAUCGUUUUGGAUGUAAGUAGCACCAGUAGUGAGACUGAUCAAGAAUACUUGACACCCCUUACCGAGUUACGUGAGAAGGAGUUGGUUGAUAAGUUGAAGAAGAAGCACAAGAAGAAAAAGAAGGUGGAGAAGAAAACGAAAAAACGGAAACAUUCUUCUGAAUCGGACAGUGAUAGUGAGGAGAAGGAAAGAAAAAAGAAGAAACAUAAAAAGAAAGCCAAGAAGAAAAAGCGGCAUUCGGAGUCUGAGUCGGAUUGAUGUAUAAUUUUUUUUUUAUAAAACAAAUACUAAAAUU